AGAUAACUAAACUCCGGUACUGCGCUAGUUAGGGAAGACCGGAAGGAGGCCGAGAGGCGGUGGCAAGCGAGAUGACGGAGGGCAUAACCACCGUGACCAUACCCGUUUUGCUGUUGGGCUGUGGCGGCGUCGGCCGCGAUCUCCUGCACCACAUCGUCGCCUCGCGCCACCUUCACUCCAAACGGGGGUUGGUUCUGCGAGUGGUGGGGGUUUGUGACAGCCGUUCGUUGCUCCUGGUGGAAGAUGUCGCCACGAUGGGGUUCGAUGAUGCCUUCUUGACCGAGAUUUACCGGAUAAAAUCCUCAUCCUCAUCUCUUUCAGCCCUUGUUGAUUUUGGACAUUGUCACCUGUUCAAGGAUUCAGAAGCCACUACAAAGAUUCUUGAUAUUGCGGGUUUACUUGGCAGAACCACUGGUCUAUCUGUAGUUGAUUGCACUGCCAGCACUGAGACAGUAGGUAUAUUAAAGGAGACUGUUGACCUCUGUUGCUGCAUUGUGUUGGCAAACAAGAAGCCACUUACUUGUGGAAUUGACGAUUAUGACAAGCUCAUCUCCAACUUCCGUCGCAUUCGAUUUGAAUCAACCGUUGGAGCAGGCCUUCCAGUAAUAGUUUCUGUUACUCGUGUGCUUGCGUCGGGAGAUCCCAUUUAUCGUAUCAUUGGAAGUUUGAGUGGUACACUAGGUUAUGUGAUGAGUGAAGUAGAGGAUGGAAAGUCAUUCAGCAAAGUUGUUCUCGCAGCUAAAUCUCUUGGAUACACAGAACCAGAUCCACGUGAUGACCUUAGUGGGAUGGAUGUUGCCAGAAAGGCAUUGAUCCUUGCCCGUCUUCUUGGAUGGAGAAUUAACAUGGAUGACAUACAGGUAGAAAGUUUGUACUCAAAUGAACAUGGGCCUAAUUCAAUGUCCACAGAAGACUUUCUCAGAAUUGGUCUUCCUUCACUUGAUAGAGAUGUUCAAGAAAGAGUUAGUGCAGCUUCUUCCAGAGGAAAAGUCCUUCGAUACGUUUGCGUCAUUGAGGGCUCAAGGUGUCAGGUGGGUCUUCAAGAGCUCCCAAAAGAUUCUCCAUUGGGGAGAUUGAGAGGAAGCGACAAUGUGGUUGAAAUAUAUAGUAGGUGUUACAAAGAUUCUCCCUUGGUGAUUCAAGGAGCAGGAGCAGGCAAUGACACCACGGCUGCGGGAGUCCUUGCUGACAUUAUCGACCUUCAAGAUCUUUUCCACUAAGUUCUGAAUAUCUAACGUUGGCACUUUCUGUGUCUUUGGUGGUGUCCCAGAAAAACUUAAACAUCAAUGCUGGCCUAUGGAUCGUCAGCACUGCAGCAAAACAUGAACAUCAUGCUGGUUCUCGGAUCGAGGUAACAGAUGCUGGAGGUAACAGAUACUUGCCAUUGUCCAGAAAGUUGGAUAUUUCAUGAUUUCUUCUGCUGGUUUUGAAACUUAUGGCUGGAUAUGUUCUAUUUUAUAUACAGCAUACUUUUGUAGAAUCAAGGAAAUGCCUUAGAUAUCUUAAUAUUGUCCAAGAUUUUUUUCAUUGGUAAGUAUUACAAUAGGUUAUGGUUGUUUGACA